UCAGCUUCACACAUCUUAUUUACCAACAAGUCGCGUUUAGGUGUAUUCAUGCGUGUAAACAAUUUAACUGUUACAGAAACAAACAGGAAUAUUACUAGCUUAGCUUAUUCCAUAGUAUAGAAAAUGUUCCCAUCUAGAUAAUUUGUCUACCAAGCUGUAGUGUACCAUCUAUCGAAGUAAUUUCUUUUACUGCGUUUCACCUCAACGUUCACCACAAGCCUAAUAGGUAUUUUUACUUAAAAUAGGCAGAAUAAAGCAGAAGAUGAAUACGGAGAACGUGAAACCGGUAGAUACACUCCAAAAUCGUCAAAUCCGUUGUCUAGAGAGAUUGCUGAAUCUGAACCAUGAAUUGGAGGAGCUAGAAGACCAGAAAGCAUCUAAUGAACUUCCCUUAUGGAAAGUAUUGAUAUUCGAUAAACCAUGCUCAGAAAUUAUUUCCACUGUAUUGCAUGUGAGUGAUUUAAGAAAACACGGUGUUACAGUACAUAUGAACAUAAAAGCAAACAGACAACCCAUCUCUGAUGUCCCUGCUAUUUAUUUUGUUCAACCCACUCGUGAAAACGUUGAGCUUAUUAUUCGCGACCUAUCUAAUGGACUUUAUGAGUCUGCUUAUGUUUGUUUCUCCACUACGAUUCCCCGAGCAUUACUCGAAGACUUCGCCGAAAUGGCAGCUUCUUCGAAUACCGGUCAUAUGAUCAACCAGGUUUAUGAUGAAUACCUUAAUUUUGUUUCACUUGAUAGUGAGUUUUUUUCUCUUCAACAACCAGGUGUCUUCUCUCUUAUUCAUAGCCCAUCUUCUACGGAUGGUCAAAUUGAGGAAACCAUCCAGCAAGUCGCCAGUGGACUGUUCUCGGUACUUGUAACCUUGGAUGUUCUUCCGAUUAUUCGUUGUCCUCCUGGCUCGGCAGCAGAACUAUUGGCUAAGAAGUUGAAUCAGAAGCUUCGCGAUCAUGCAAUGAAUACGAAGAAUGUAUACGCUGCAGAUUCCACUAAGCAGAGACCUGUCCUAAUUCUGCUAGAUAGAACGGUUGAUCUUGUUCCAAUGCUCAAUCAUUCUUGGACAUAUCAAGCUCUGGUACAUGACGUUUUAAAGAUGCGACUUAACAGAAUCUCGGUGGAUGUUGUGAAUAACGGUGUUGAGUCUAAAAUGGUAUACGAUCUUGCCCCCAAUGAUAGUUUCUGGGAGCAAAAUUCUAACCUACCCUUUCCCCGAGUUGCUGAAAGCAUUGAUGAAGAACUGACGCGUUACAAGAACGAUGCCAAUGAGGUAACGAAAAAGACAGGCGUUUCUUCAAUUGAAGAUGUAAAUGCCGACACCUUGGUUAAUUCUACUUAUUUAAAGGCUGCUGUGAGUCUUCUCCCAGAGUUGACUGCCCGAAAACAAAUGCUUGAUAUGCACAUGAACAUUGCAACCGCUUUACUGAAAACAAUUAAAGAUCACCAACUCGACGAAUUCUUUGAGAUGGAAAGCGAUGUAAAAAACAUUAACAAGGCAACUGUUUUGGCUUGUCUUAAGGAUAAACAGAAGGGUACUGCAGAAGAUAAACUUCGUUUUCUUCUAAUCUGGUAUUUGAACGCUGAUAACGUUCCUGCAUCCGACAUGGAGCAGUUUGAGGAGGCCUUAAAGGAAGCCGAAUGUUCCUUGGAACCCCUUAAUUUUGUAAAAAAAAUUCGUGAAAUCACACGUAUGAAUAUGAUGGCAAGUGCUGCCAACCAACCCACUAGUGGACAGACGGGUGAUAACCUGUUUAAGGGAUUUACCUCACUUUCCAACAAGUUGACGGAUCGGUUUAAGGAAGCCGGAAUUGGCGGUCUAGAGAACCUCAUUUCGGGCGUGAAAAAUCUUAUACCUGCUCGCAGAGCUAAUACUAUAACUUCAAUUGUUCAGAGUUUAACUGAGCCUGGUUCCGCCAUAAAGCAAACAGAGCAGUAUCUUUACUUUGACCCCAAGUCCCGGUCCGGCAGUAGCGAAUCGCUCUAUACUGCAAACAAACGCCAAAGCUUUAAUGAGGCGAUAGUUUUCAUGAUUGGAGGAGGCAAUUAUCUUGAGUAUGGCAGUUUGACUGAUUGGGCAUCAGAGCAGAACCCAAAGAAGCGCAUUGUCUACGGUAGCACGGAGGUUGAAACGUCAGCAGAAUUCUUACAAGAGCUCGCAACCAUUCAUUGAACCAAAUCAUCUGUAUCGUCCUGUACGUACAGCUAGAUAACUAAGUAAUGAAAGCAAGGUGUUAAUUACGAUACUACAUGAAACAAGGCGUGAGUCCCAUAAUAAGAUUUUAUUUAACAAGCUAAAGGGUUUUAAAAAGACAAAGGCAUAAUCAUAACAUUGGUUCCUUUAUAACUAAAAUUGC